AUAAAGUUUGCCUUAGCGACCGUACUUGCCUCGUUCCUUGUCGAUGGAAUCUCUGCCGAAGGUAUUCGCUGUAUCGCUGUUGGCAACGUCAAUUGCGAGAAUCCAAACCUUCCAAAAGUAUGCGGAAGCAACGGUGUCACCUACGAGAAUAUCUGCUACUUCAACCUGGCCAACUGCGACAACAAGGGGAUGACAGUGCUGCACAACGGCAUGUGCCGCAGGGACGAGGGCCGCCACCUAAGGGAUGCCCAGGCUUAA